AUGAGUGAAACACCAACUUCACAACCUUCAACUUCAUCACCACAGAAAAGAAAUCUCAGUGAAACAGAAUCAACAGAUGCCAAAAGACCGAAGCUAGCGAAUGAGUUCAGUAGUGUGGGUGCUGACUCUUUUGAUGUCAACGAUUUAGAACUUCCAAAGACUCAAGGAACACCAAAACCUGAAAAUUCAUCAUCUUCACCCUUGAAAGUGGAUAUCCCAUUGGUUCCAACUACAUCAUCACAAUCACAAUCACAAUCACAACAACAUUCAGCACUACCUUCAGGUUUACCUUCUGCUUCAUCUUCUGCUCUUAAUACACCAGGUCAGUUUAAUCUUGAAUUACCUGAAUUACCAGCUGAUAGUCCAAAUACAACAAAUAAUACAAUUAAAACACAACAACAGCAGCAACCUCAAUCUACAAUAAAUACACCAGGUCCAACACCGGGUCCAAAUUCAAAUUUAACCCUUCCUCAAACAAAUACAAAUACAAAUACAAAUACAAAUACAAAUACAAAUACAAAUACAAAUACAAAUACAAAUACAACAGCUUUACCAACAGGUAUCGUACCUAAUAACACAGCAGCACAAAAACCAACAGAUAAUGAUGAAACAGAAAUAACUAAACCUACAGCACCAGCAGAUCCAGAUAAAUUAUCAGAUGCAUUAUUAUCUGCAGGUGUUGAUUUAAAAGCUGAAGAAGCAUUAUUAAACUCAACAACUGUUCAAAAUAAUCAAGAAUUAUCAAAUGUUCCACAACAACCAAUUAUAAUAAAUACUCCAUUCUUGGAUCCAAGACAAGUUGCUGCAUUUAUGGCUAAAGUUGCAAAUGCAAAUGGUAUAAAACAAAAUUUUGAUAAUGAAUCACAAAUUACUGAAUUAAUGACAAAUGCAUGUGAAGAUUGGAUGAAAAAUAUAAUAACAAAUGCAGUUAUAAUAUCAAGACAUAGAAGAAGAUCAAUAAAACAACGUAAAAGAAGUGAAUUAUCAAAAGCUCUUAGAGAACUGGCUGUUAAUUCCAAGAAUUUAGAAGAUAAACGUAUACAAAAACGUAAAAAUCUUGGUAUUGAUCAAGAUGAACAAUCAAAACUAGGUACAGAAGAAACUCAACAUAAAGCAACAAAUGCAACAGUUGCCAUGAUGACUGGUAAAAAGAAGAAAUAUAGUUGGAUGACUGGUGGUUCAAAUGCUGGUGGUGCUCCUAAAACUUCACAAUCAACUGCAGAUGGUGGUAUAAGGUUUAGAGAAGCAAGAGAAGAACCAGGAAUUGCAGUUAGAGAUCUAUUAAGUAGUUUAGAGAAAAAAAGAAUGGGAGUUGAAAAAGUUUUAACAAAAGGUUAUUCAAAAUUAAAAGAUUGA